CGCCCGGAAAAUUGCCACCCGGAAAUCAAAUAUACACUCACACAGCCCCACAGCACAACUCGAUUACCAAGCGUGGCAGUAGGGCAAGUACCCAAACAGACAGACAGGACCAGUCGGUGCAGUUGCACACGCUGCUGCGGUGCACCGUUUCCGUAGCGUUGCGAGGCGUUAAGCUGUUGGGCGGCCUUGCCUACCUACCAGGCGCAUCCAUCGAGCUCGAGCGCGUGCGGUAGUUGUGUGUGUGUGUAUGUGUGUGUGUGAUUAGUGAAGCUUUUCCGAUCCGGUGGAUUUGAGUGGAAACGAAGUUGAUAGAGAGAAAGAGAGAAAAAAAAACCACACACACAAAACGAGAUAAACGAACACAGGCUACGACAAGACAAGCAUCCCAAGACAAGUGUAGCUGAUUCGUAUGUGCGUGCCUGUGUGUGUGUGCGUGCAUCAGUGUGUGAGUGUGUGUCUGUGAAGCCACGUGGGGGAAAGAAUGACCGUGAUGUUGGUGGCACUAGCAGCCGUUAGUAACGCAGCGUUUGAGUCCGUUCAAAACAACGCUCGCAGCGCGGUGCACUGAGUGCAGUGAGCCGCAAAGUGUUCCGUCGCAAAUUUCUCGACCGUUUUGUUCCGCCUGUGACAACCCGACCAGACCAGAGCAGCGUUUGCCCGGCCGUCUUUCGGUCGAGCCGCAUCAGCCUACCAGCCCCGUGACCGUUACGGGACCUAACGGGCCCGAACCUUAAAGCUCCAACCGCACCACCGCAGCAGCAGCAGCAGCAUCGGCAGCAUCGGACUUGUUCAACAUGGCUUCCUCACCGGCACUUCCACUGUACGCGAGCCGCUAUCCGACGCCGAACGGAUACCCGCAGAUCAACGGGGAGGUCGACGCGCCGCUCGACUUUCGCAAGGUGGAAUCGCUACGCAGGAACAGCACCGACACCGGCAUCAUGGACCAGCAAUACUGUCUGCGCUGGAACAAUCAUCAGUCUAACUUAACCACCGUGCUCACCACGCUCCUACAAGAUGAGAAACUGUGCGACGUCACGCUCGCCUGCGAGAAGGGCAUGGUCAAAGCACACCAAGCGAUCCUGUCCGCCUGCAGCCCGUACUUCGAGCAGAUAUUCGUCGAGAACAAGCAUCCCCAUCCAAUCAUCUAUCUGCGCGACGUGGAGGUGAACGAGAUGCGCGCCCUGCUCGACUUCAUGUACCAGGGCGAGGUGAACGUGGGCCAGCACAACUUGCAGAACUUUCUCAAGACCGCCGAAAGUUUGAAGGUACGGGGACUGACCGAAAGCAGUGCCGACCGGUAUUCGGCCGAUACGGACAGCAAGCUGCGCUCGGAGCGGAUCCGGGACUCGCGGGACGAGCGCGACUCGCUACCAAACGCAUCCAGCAACAACAGCAGCAACAACAACAACAACAACAACAAUAAUAACAACAGCAGCAGCAACAACAACAACAACAACACGAUCAGCAGUAACAACAACAACAACAACUCCCUGCACCAUGGGCCGCUGCGCGACAAGGAGCUGACCGAGCACGAACAGCUCGAGCGGCUUCAGCAGCAGCAACAGCAAACGCACCACCAGCAGCAGCAGCAUCCGUCGUCGCACCAGCAGCAGUCGCAGCAGCAUCCGUCGUCGCAGCAUCAGCAGCCGACGCACCAAACGCACCAUCAUCACCAUCACCAUCAGCACGGUGGUGGUGGCGGUGGCGGUGGCGGCGGCGGUGGAGGCGGCGGCAGUGCCGGCCCGGUGCAGCAACCGUCCCGGAGCGCGAGCAUCGAUCUGAUGCAGUCGGCGCUGGUGGACGAGCGCGACUAUCUGGCGGCGGAGGAUCGCGAGAUCAGCACGGUAGAGAAUAAGAAGAAGCGCAAAAUGUCCACCACCUGUGAUAACUCAUCGCCCUCGACGCCGUCCCUGAUGAACGAACGGCAAGGGGGGUACGAAUCGCAGGCCUCGUCACACAGUAGCUUCAAGCAGAGCCCGAAACCGGAGGACGAGUUUAAGGUGAGCUCGCCGGCCCCGGUCCAUCCGCUGGCGGGCCAUCCGCUGAGCGGCAUCAAGCAGGAGCUGCCCGAGCUGCCGGUGCGCCAUUCGCUGUCCUCCGAGCUGAUGCAGCCUUUACCGAUCAACAUGAACGCGGACGAUAUGAACAAUAUCCUAGCACCCGGCAACAUGGGAUCGCUCAACGAGAGCGGUGACAGUGACGCCCACCUGUCACAUCCGGAUCAUCCAGACAAUAUCGAUGGUGACCGUAUGUUGCGUCUAGCGAUGGCGUCACGUCACCACCAUCAUCGUGCCGGUUUGCAUCAUCACGAUCUCGCCUCUGGAGUGGUUGUGAAUGCCGUUUUGGCAGCCGGAGGAGGAGGAGGAGGAAGCGGCUGCGUUAAUGGGAGCCGCACUGUUGGCGCAGGAGGCAUGGCAGGAGGAGGCAGUGAUGGGCCAGAGUAUGAAGGUGCAGGUCGCGGUGGGGUAGGGUCAGGGAUAGGAGGAGGAGGAGGAGGUGGAGGAGGAGGUAGGGCGGUAGGAGGAGUAGGUACGACGGGAGCAGAGAAACAGCAGCAGAACCGCAGCAACCAUCACCGGACCACCGAGCAGGCGGAUCGUGAGGCGAGCGUGUGUGCCGCAGUAGGAGGAGGAACAGGACCAGCAGCAGCAGGUGUAGGAGGGUUAGGGUGCGAUAGUGGUGCGGCAGCAGCGGCUGCAGCAGCAGCAGCAGCGGCCAGUAUGCUUGGCUUCAGUGGCGUUCCGCUUCCGCUCGGCGGUAGUAGUAGUCUCGUCGAGUCGCUGGUCGAACAUCACCGCCUGGCCGCGAGCCUAGGAGGAGGAGCAGUAGGAGGCGGGAGUGGAGCUGGCGGUGGGGCAGGCAGCUCAGGAGGCAGUGGAGGAGGUCUCGCGAACGGGUCACCGUACGGUGGAGGAGGGCAUCAUCUGUCCCACCAUCAUGGGGGUGCUGCGGCCGCCACCGGACACCACCAUCAUCAGCACCACGCCGCACCGCACCACCAUUCCCUGCAGCAGCAGCAUGCGAGCAGUGCCUUCAACAGUGCCGGCGAUGCCCGCUCGGGAGUGGCGGUAGCGGCAGCGGCCGCCGCAGCAGCAGCAGCCGCCGCGGCGGCAGCCCUCAACUCCGGUGGUGGGCCGCCGCCGGAUGGCAGCGGCAGCGGUAGCCGGUGUAGCAAACCAUCCGUCACGUCGACAACCCCACCGACACCGGCAUCCCUGUCGUCGUCCUCGUCGUCCUCGUCCUCUGCCUCCUCGACGUCACUGUGCGGGGGUAAUGGCGGUGGAGGCGGUACAGGAGCAUCCGGUGGUGGCUUUCUCAUCACCGGUGACCCAUCCGACACCAUAGGUACUGGAGGUGGAGGAGGAGGAGCUGGCGGGCCACUCCGUGGUAGUAGCGGUGGGGCCGGUGGUGGCAGCAGCGGCGGUGGCGGCAAUGGUGGCACUUCCGGCGGUGGAUCAAGCACGACGCGGCGCGAUCACAACAUCGACUACUCGUCGCUGUUCAUACAGCUGACCGGCACCUUCCCGACGCUAUACAGCUGCGUCAGCUGUCACAAGACCGUCUCGAAUCGGUGGCACCACGCAAACAUACAUCGGCCCCAGAGCCACGAGUGUCCGGUGUGCGGGCAGAAGUUCACCCGGCGCGACAAUAUGAAGGCUCACUGCAAGGUGAAGCACCCGGAGCUGAGGGACCGCUUCUACAACCACAUCGUACACAUGUGAUUAAGCGCCGCCCGAAACAAGCAGCGGCUGAAGUAUAAGAAGAACCUGUUCGUGUAAAGCGUGGUCGCUCGCUCGCUCUCUCUCCAUGCACACCACCGUCUUCACACUCACUGGGGUAGGUCCUUGAACACGAGUCGCUCGCGCACACACGAGCCAAAUGAUUGUCCUCUGCUCACGUGGGUGAGUGUGUUGUAGGAGAUGUGCAUGGCUCAGCCGUUGUAGAGUAAGGAUUGACUGCUCUACACAUAUUAUUGCAGCAGCAGUAGCGCGCCAUCCAAGCGAGUUGAUUGACAUAUACCGUAUACCGGACCCCAUUUUUCCUCCCACAGUAUGGAUGAUAUUUAUAUACGCAUACAACAUUCAUACCAACGUAGUAUUGCCUUUCAUGUCUUGAGGUUAGACAUUUUACAUACGAUGAGCAUAUAUAUAUAUAUAUAAUUAUAUUGUCGAUGGUGGACGUGUGUGCAUAGAUCGCUACGUCAUAGAUGAGGCCUGCAAUAGGAUUGUUUCCGUUCGCAGCACAUCGCGCCUGUAGUGUGAUGAUCGCAUACUCCUCCUAUAUCUUGUAUGGUAAAAAUGUGCAUUUUGGAGUAUAUAUAUAUAUUUAAUGACAUGGACAACACGUACUUUCAAUGAAGUGAGAUGACCAUUAUUUCCAGCAGCGCUAGACAGAGCAGGAUCAUAUUAGCUCUGUGCUGCUAAACGUCAUGGUUUUAAACAUCGUGAAAGGUGCAACAUGAGAAAGAUAGAUAGAGAGAGAGAGACAGCUAGACGAUAAAGGAUUGAAUUAAAAGGAUUGAAGAUAAUUAAGGGGCGCAAGAGGAGUAAUUUAUACUAACCAAAAUUCAAACCAAGCACUCUGGAGGUCUCGAGCGCAUACUAGACUUCUGUAUUAACAUUCUUGGUCCUCUGGUAGGCCAUAGCGUUGGAAAAGAAAAGUGCUACUUGGUGCUAAAAAGUAACUAAUCUCGUGUUAAAAGCACAAAUGUGCUGCAAAUUGCAUACCUUCCGAAGUGCAGUAAUUAUUGUAGUAGUUUUGUUAGGUUCCAUUAGAGAUAUAAUCAGUUCAGCUUGCUUGUUUAAUGUUGCGUAAUGUUCUCACCUGUUCAACCUGAGUGACGAUCUCAAUAGCGUUCAGUACGGAUUUGUAGUUAUGUCUUUUCUCGAUCUCUCUCCAGUUUCUUGUCUCUUUCUCAUGUUCGCUUCCGCACCUAGCUAGUUCAUUACGGGCAUUAUAUUGAUCCCUUUCCGUUGUACGUUUAUGCGUUAGUCCAAUGCAUUAUCUGUCCUAGCAUAUGCACAAGAGAGGGUUUGUAGCGAUUACGCGUCGACCCCUAUCACUGGGUUUUGCUGCAGUUUUGCUACCCCACUUUGUACAGAUCUGUACGCGCGGCCUCUUCCAUACUUUUGGCCCGAGAAUCGGGCGUGUGUGCGCUCUCCAUUUCCCCCAAUGUGUUGCUCUUUCGAAUCCGUAGUGGUGUCGUUGUUGGUUGCCUUUCCGUUGCGCGUUUCCUUCUCCCUCCACACUGCGGUGUCUGUUCGGGUGCGGGCGUGCGCCAUGUUUGUCUUGGGUAAAGUGUUUAUGUUCAAAAUUUACAGAAUCCAAUUUACAAACCAAAUGUAGUAGUACAUAUUACAGCCCGGAAAAAAGAGGAGCCAUUUAGUAAAACACUUACGCUCAGGCUAUUAUAGUGUGCUUCGCGGUUUAGGAUUAGACAAGUUGACAAGUUUUUUAGAAAUGAGCCAGUAUCUUACAGGAACAAAACAAACACUCUGACACACAUAGGAAGUAUAAUACAGCCAAUUAUAUUAAACUAUAUACACAUUCAAGACACCGAAAGUAAAACGGAAAACAGUAACCAGACAGAAGAAAUAAGAAAAAAAGCAACAACAACAACAACAAGGAACUGUAGAAAUAUCUACAAACACAUAUACAUUUAUAUUUUUAUAUGAUAUGGAAACUAUAUUUAUAUGCGUAGAUGGCCCUCCCCCGGUAAAAAAGAAAAAAAAACGAAAAAAAUAAAAUAGUGAACUUGCAAUAGUAAUAUCGAUUGCGUAGUUGAUAGAUUUAUAGAGACAAUUUAAACAAAUGUAUUAACAAUAAUAACUACAACUAUAAUCCCAAAAGCAAGACAAGUAAAAAGAAGACGUGAAACACAACAAUGCCAGCCCAAUGAAAAAGAAAAAAAAGAUAACUACAUAGUAUUAAAACAAACAAAUAAUGGAAGCUAAACAAAACAAGAAGUCGUCAAGACAUGGUAGUAACCGAACAAAACUUGUCAUGAUGAGUAGAAGUAAUUCAACCGUAGGUCAGAAAUAACCGUAUGGGCUUAUUGAUUGAUACCUUACACAUAGUGUUAUGAAAACGUAACGUUUAAGUAAAGCAAAUGAAACCAAAAGUAACCGAACAAAAGGUAGAUGAAAGGGAGGAAGGAACACACAAACCAGAGCUAAACCACCAACAACCAAACUAAACAUUAGAUAAAUCGUACGAUGUGAUAUUUAGAGAUAGUAACAAAAACAAAACUGGAGGAAGCAAAACGAACAACAGCAACAACAAGAAGAGAAAAAAACAGUCACAGACGCACACACAUAUUAGGCCUUUUUUUGGGGGGAAGGGGGGGGGGCGGUUGUUCUCUUAUGUUCUUCUUUGUGCGAACGCUCUUCUUUGUGCUCUUCUUAUUACGAUUGGUAAUAAGGACGCAUAUACAUUGGGCUCUGAUCCGACUGUCUUCUUAUUGCAAUGUUUGUGGUUAACAAGAGCUAGUUGGGGAUUCAUUUGUGUUGAAGGGGGUAUGGGGAGGACAGAGAGGGGGGAAUGUAGGGAGAAUAGAAUGAAAUCUCAGGCAUGUAAAUGUAUGGCCAACUGGAAGGGCAUCUGAGGUGAAGGGGGGAGUCGCAUGUCAGAAAAGUCGUCGAACUACUUGGGCGCUUGUUGCGUAUCGUUCGCCCCGUUUAGAUUCGUGUUACAAAGUAGUAGACAUCUUGGAUGUGUGUAUGUGUUUCUGGAUGUGCGCAAGGCAAAGCAGCAGCAUCGCAUGAGUCAACGGUCAAACUUUGAUUUUGCACAUGAGUGAGUAAGUUGAGUGAGUGUCCACUGAGUGACGCGCGCAAAUGAGCAGCGUGCAUCGCGCUCGCUUGCUAACACUGCUCGAUGUUGAGAUCUGGAGCUUAGUGUACUUAGUCCAGUAGUAGCAGUACAUUUUGUAGUAUUACCUCUUCCUCGCUGUCACUACUUCACGCCCGUUUCGGUGCAAACUCUGCGCUCCCGCUCGUCGUCUCAUUUCCCCAUAUAUAUUAUAAUUAAAACAGACUAGAAAAAAAAAACAAAAUGGUGAAAAAACGGUGAGUUAGCGGGGCGAUGAACUAACUAGAGUUUUUUUUUAUUCUCGUUUAUUUGUUCAUUUAACAAGUUUUUCUUCGCUUCCUUUUGGUACUCUCAUUUUCGCUUUGUCCAUUUUGGUGUAUUCAUAUCAAAUUUGAGUCUGUGUUUUUUUUUCUUUGGUUAUGAGUAGCAAGUCGUGAGAUGUGUAUUUUCUCUCCCUCUCUCUCUCUCCCCCCUCUCUCUCUCGCUCUCUCUCUCUUCUCUCUCUCCCUCUCCCUCUCUGUGGAACAUUCUGCUUAAAAGCACUGUUACGUUAUUGGGGUUUCCAUGUGUCGAUAGUUGUGUGCGGCAUCACACGUACUCACUCCGCUCAACCUGAGUAGACAUUAAUAGUAGCGCAUCUCCCCUAUGCAGAUAUUAGUCGUGGGUCAUCACGGCCACACUCACUACUACCACGGGUGCCUCUCGUUAUUCGACUAUCAUCUGCGUGUGGUAUAGCGUGCUCGUUUCUGUGUGACCGUGGCUGCGAGAACAUGGUUGGGAGAAGGGAAGGUCCAUAUGCCAACAGCCUCAAACGCAUGUCAAUGUCUCCACUGUUUUUCAAUCAAUUCUCUUAGCUGUAUUUGUACCUAGUUCUUUGACACCAAAUUUUGACGUGUGUUUGUGUGUGUGUGUGUGUUGUGUGUGUGUGCUGUCGUAUAUUCUUCUUGUCUGUGUUUGUAAGUGUCUAUGUGAGAGUCCGGGAAGGAGCUUGGUUCGAGUGCGCUCUGGUCGUCAUCUAAUUUUGUUGUUAUUUGUUCUGUUGUUUUCUACUGUGUGUGUAAUCGCUGCACUACUACUGUACUUUACUGUACCUUUACUUUGUCGCUUCCUUCCAUGUAUAAAAUCGUAUCGUACAGUAACAAUAAAAAUACAUAGAC